GAAGAGGGAUGUCCAAUGGAUAAAAAUAUAAUAAGGAUAUGGUGGGGAACAAGAACCCAUAAGGGCUUGGUAGUCUAUUUUUCUUUGUCUCUUUCGUCAAAUCAAUUUUCAUUUUACAAAAUAGAAACCAUGUCCAGCACCUCCUCGGCCGCUCGCAAGGCACUGAGUAAGAUUGCUUGCAAUCGACUUCAGAAGGAACUUGUCGAAUGGCAGGUCAAUCCUCCUUCUGGUUUCAAGCACAAAGUCACGGAUAAUCUGCAGAGGUGGGUUAUUGAAGUGAAUGGAGCUCAAGGUACUCUUUAUGCAAAUGAAACUUACCAACUUCAGGUCGAUUUUCCUGAGCAUUACCCUAUGGAAGCCCCUCAGGUUAUAUUUCUUCAUCCAGCUCCACUACAUCCUCAUAUUUACAGCAAUGGUCAUAUUUGCUUAGAUAUCCUUUAUGAUUCAUGGUCUCCAGCCAUGACUGUUAGCUCAAUUUGUGUCAGCAUUCUCUCUAUGCUAUCAAGCUCAACUGUAAAGCAAUGCCCUGAAGAUAAUGACCGCUAUGUUAAGAAUUGUAGAAAUGGCCGAUCUCCUAAGGAGACCAGAUGGUGGUUCCAUGAUGACAAAGUGUAAUCAGCUAGCAUCCUUCUUGCACCAUUAGUGCUAUAAGCAGGGUAGGUGGGUUCCAUUUUGAAAGGAAAAUGAUAGUGAGAAACAAGAAGCACUCUGAGAAUGCUAUUAGGACUAUAUGCUAAAUAACUCCUGUAAAUGGCAGUGGGUAGUAUUUGUAAAGGAACAGUAACUAUUUUGUGUUUUUAGAAAUGUUUAAGGUGCAAACUUGCUCAAAAGUAUUUGUGGAAACCUGGGCCAGAGCUGUUUGGUGCAUUCUGAGACUUUUUGGCAGCACAAUUGACGGAUGAUUUCUAAUCUUAGUAGUAUUUAUGCAAUCAAUUCAUGCAUUUUUUAGAAAUAAAUAAAAUACUAAAAAUAAUUUGCCCGUUA